AAUGGCAGCUUCCAUUCUUCUUCGUGGAGAACUGACAUGACCGGGAUAAGUGUGAAUUAACUUCAUAAAGAUUUCACUCUCGGUGGGUUGUGAUUUAUUUUACAGGUUGAUAUGCCUUUAGAACCAUGGCAGUUUGUAAUCCCUCAAAAUCCAGGAUUAUGUUGGAGACUUGGAACGUGGUUAGUGGUCGGUGGCACGGGAAUUUUUAGUCGAAUUUGUCUGAAAUGGUUGAAUCACUUUGAGGGUCACAAUCUAGAUGUUCUUUAUGACGCAGUCGAGAAACGGCCACCAACACGUCCUCUUAUUACUGUUGGAAAUCACAUCUCCUGCUUCGAUCCUCUACUAUGGGGAACACUCAAGCUAAGAACAUCCAUGAGCCCACAUAAAAGCAGAUGGUGUCCCAUAGCCAGUGAUAUCACCGGGCGAAAGAGAUGGCACGUGUACUUCUUCAGUCUUGGAAAAGGAGUUCCAAUUGUACGAGGUGAUGGUGUGUAUCAGCCUGGUAUGGAUAUGUGCAUAGAGCAACUUCACAAAGGAGAAUGGGUUCACAUCUUUGCAGAAGGUAGAAUCAAUAUGACCAAUGAGUUUCUCAGGUUGAAAUGGGGAGUGGGACGUGCCAUAGCUGAGAGCAAAGUGCUGCCUUUGGUCAUUCCAUUUUGGCAUGUAGGGAUGGACGAGGUGCUUGCCAACUAUCCCCCAUAUAUUCCUAAGUUUGGUAAGAAGAUAACCAUGUUGAUUGGCAAGCCUUUAGACUUCAAAGAAACUCUGUCCCAUCUCAGGGAUGAAGGAAAGUCACCGAUGGAGAUCAGGAAAAAUUUAACGGAUAUAAUUCAGGUAGAGUUUUUAUUACUGAAAUCCAAGGCUGAGGCGCUGCACAAAGCGAGACCGUCUACUUCUAUUUAGGUACUCAAUGUCAAAUUAACACUGUGAAGAGGGAAUCCAAAGUCAAAGUAAGCAGAUUUUCAAUUUGGCUUAUAUUACCAGUGAGCAGCUCUAUGAAAUUUGGUUCUGAAAAUUGUGAUCAUGAGUACAAAAUGACAGAUAACAUUACCAUUGUAAUUUGCCAUUGUACGAGAGCAUUUCCUCAGUGAAAUGUAUUUGUUCUUUAUAAUUAUUGGUCGUUACUUUCACCUCAGUUUCCAUUGUUGUAAUGAAGGUAUUUUUUGUUUUCAUUUGACCUAACCAAGAUCAGAUAAUCAAGUUUUGUAAUCUUACAUUGUAACUAUGGGACUCUAUGGUUAUUUACAGGGUUUGGGGCUUAGAGUUGGUAUUUCCCCCCCCCCCUCCUUUUCUUUCUAUGACAAAUAAGGAAAGUAAAAUAAGAAAAUUCUUCCUACUUGAGUGUGUUUUCCCAAUUUGUUUGCUCUUAUAACAUCAGGGAAAAAAUAUAAUUAAUUACUGCCUACAUGUGCAUUUAGGCGAGCCCAUGUUCUCGAAACAGUUUUCCUACAUUUUCUUGGACCAAAUAUCAUGCCUGGUUACAGGAAUUGCACAUUUUCCCUUGGUUUCCUCAUAUUUUAUAUGGCCCAAUACUUAAGUGGAUUUUUUUUUCUUUACAAAUUUGUGCCACUACUUUUUAGUAACAUUCUUGAUCUCUUUAAAAAAACUGUGAACGAAACUGUGUGAUUUGGAUGGAAUAUCAGACAAAGUAGAAUAUCAUUUGAGUUAAAGUUCUGAUUUUUAAAGUGAUUUCAACUGAACUCAAAUGUAUUUAUAUAUUAUAUUAGAAGAGUAAAUUAUGAUUUAUA